AUGCGCAUCUUUACUACAGGGCUGUUGCUCUGGCCACUCUCGCUCAUUAAUCUAGUAUCGGCCUUCCCGGGGUCGAUAAACGGCUACGAUGGCCACUCAGGGCAUCGAGACAUGCACAAGCCUUGCCCAUAUGCACAAACCCAGGACCAGGGCAAGCCGAAGACGGAACAUGAAAAGCGGUUUCUAUUCAAUUUGAUGAAAUCGCCUGUUGAUAUUACCGGCGAACAUACGUUCCAGCCCCCGGACUUCGAGAACGGUGACCAGCGAGGCCCCUGUCCCGGCCUCAAUGCACUCGCAAACCAUGGAUACAUCCCGGAGCGGAGUAGUAUCGUCUACGGCAUGGGCGUUGACUUGGCUACGAUCCUCGCGAUCAUGGGUACUAUAUGGACUGGGGACGUGCUGUCUCUCGAUCCCAGUUUCUCCAUCGGGGGUCCCGAUACUGGCGUUAACAACCUCCUAAAUAACUUGGGCGGUGUUCUCGGCGAACCCCAGGGCCUGAUUGGCUCACACAACUUUAUCGAAGCAGACUCCUCCAACACGCGAGACGAUCUCUACGUUACGGGCAACAGCUGGACACUGAAUAUGAGCAAAUUUAUGACUUGGUAUAAUAUGUCUUCCGACGGCACUUACGAUAUGAGUCUCAUGGCCGAACGCGCAAAGAUCCGUAUGGAUCAAACUAUCCAUACAAACCCGGAUUUCUACUACGGACCUGUAACUGGGCUCAUUGCUCGCAACGCCGGUUAUAUUUUCUCAGGUCGACUGUUUCGAAAUCACUCGACUGAAAAUCCAGAAGGAACGCUGACUAAGAGCCACCUCCGGAAUUUCUAUGGCAUUUACGGUCCGGAACAUAAUCUCACUUACCGCGAAGGCUGGGAAAGAAUACCCGAGAACUGGUACAAGACGCCUGUGGACUAUGGACUCAUCUCACUCAACGUGGACAUCAUUGGCUUCAUAUCGAGAUAUCCGGAGCUUGGCAGCAUCGGAGGCAAUGUGGGCGAAGUAGACAGCUUUGCCGGAGUUGAUCUAGGUGAUUUAACAGGUGGUGUCUUGAACUUGGCUGGCUUACUGAAAGAUAAUAAUUUGCUGUGCUUUGUGACUGAAGUGUUGAAGUUUGCCAGCCCCAACGCGCUUGCUGGGAUAUACUCGGCCGUAGCUAAGCCGUUGGAGUUUGUCACCAAUAUUCUCGCUGUGCCUUUGCUCAACUUUACCUGUCCGGCAUUCCAAGAUCUUCAAGUUGGGGGAAGCCGCUAUGGGAGGCGCUUCAAGACGACUUCCCCGGCGCUCGGAAGAGCAAACGUUCGCUUUAGAUAUUCUGGGCUUACUGGGAUGGGCGGUACUAUAAAUUAUCAAGCAAUCUCAUCUGUUUUAUAG